UAGACAAUCACCAUGAAACACUUUGCCGUUUGCGCCUUACUCAUCCUGCCGCUGGUCAGCGGUGGUUUCGUGCCACCCGCACCCACCAGACACUUUGUGGCCUAUGAGAUCCAGUCCACCCACAAUGUGCCACAGAUGGAAGCCAUCGUCCAGAAGAUGCAGGCCAUGCUUCAGAAAAUGAUUCCGGAAAUGUCUGCCCUGGCCGAUUCUGUCGCCGUACCCGACAUGUCCAUCCAGUCUGAUGCCGGAGUGCUUCCCGAUAUGUCGUUGGCCACUGAUGCCGAUGAAACCCCCAGGAGACGUUCUGCCCAGCUUAAGGCCGCCCCGAUUGUCAAGGCUGCCGCUCCCUGGUUCUCCCAGAUUCCCGAUAUGUCCAUUCAGGCUGACGCCGGAUUGAUCCCUGACAUUUCCGUGGCCACCGAUGCUGCUGAGACCCCCAAGCGCACCUCUUUUGGCGUGUUUAAGACAGACAGGAAGAUUGCUGGUAUUCUCAAGUCCCUUCCCCAGUUGACUAAGGUCUCCGGAGCGAAGCCUGUGGAGAUUAUGACCCAAGCUGAUGCCGAUCUGGUUCCCGAUAUGUCCGUUGCCUCCGAUGCUGAUGUGACCCCCAGAAAGCUUGUUCCCGGUAUCAAGUCCCUGCCCAAGUUUACUAAGGUCUCUGGAGCCGAGCCCGUGGAAAUCGUGACCCAUGCUGAUGUGACCCCCAGGAAGCUUUUUUCUGGUAUCAAGUCCCUGCCCAAGUUUACUAAGGUCUCUGGAGCCGAGCCCGUGGAAAUCAUGUCCCAUGCUGAUGCGGAUUUAGUUCCGGAUAUGUCCGUUGCCUCCGAUGCUGAUGUGACCCCCAGGAAGCUUGUUGCCGGUCUCAAGUCUCUGCCUAAGUUUACUAAGGUCUCUGGAGCCGAGCCCGUGGAAAUCGUGACCCAUGCUGAUGUGACCCCCAGGAAGCUUUUUUCUGGUAUCAAGUCCCUGCCCAAGUUUACUAAGGUCUCUGGAGCCGAGCCCGUGGAAAUCAUGUCCCAUGCUGAUGCGGAUUUAGUUCCGGAUAUGUCCGUUGACUCCGAUGCUGAUGUGACCCCCAGGAAGCUCGUUGCCGGUCUCAAGUCCCUGCCCAAGUUUACUAAGGUUUCUGGAGCCGAGCCCGUGGAAAUCAUGUCCCAUGCUGAUGCCGAUCUGGUUCCCGAUAUGUCCGUUGCCUCCGAUGGCCAGGAUAAGGCUGCUAACCAACCCGAUAUUUCCGUGGCAAGCGAUGCCAAAUUCGAUUCCAAGAAGACUCUGGCCGAACUUCUGGCCAAGCUCCACUAGCUGACUUCUGAGAAUCCAUACUCUGUCACUGAUUCAUAUUAAAAUGGUUGUGUGUUUUUGUAUUCUUAAGAUUUCUUUUGAUUGCCAGUAAUCAGUUUUUGAAAAGAGAUAUUUAUGUUUUUGUUUUCUUUUAACUAUCAGCUAUUGAUUGGUUUGUUUAAAUACAAAUUUCCCAGACACUUGAGUUGGGUAUCUAUUACCAUUAUUAGAUUAGAAAUGCGAUUGCUUACCUUCUGUUUGCUUUCCACUGGCCCAAUACUGCGGCAUUAUUCAACGUUAUGGUUUUUAUUAUAAACUAAAGCCUGUUCUUGUUUUUAAAUAAAGCAAAAGUCUCAGGAUUUUAGUAAGUGACAGCCCUA